AUGAACAACAGCAGCAAGAACGAGCGCAGCAGCUCAGGAGAAGAGGUCAGGACUCUGUUUGUCAGUGGUCUGCCACUGGACAUCAAACCCAGAGAGCUCUACCUGUUAUUCAGGCCUUUUCAGGGUUACGAAGGGUCCUUAAUCAAAUUGACCUCCAAACAGCCGGUGGGGUUUGUCAGUUUUGACAGUCGCUCAGAAGCAGAGGCUGCUAAGAACGCACUGAACGGUGUUCGCUUUGACCCAGAUAUUCCCCAGACUUUACGGCUGGAGUUUGCCAAAGCCAACACCAAGAUGUCCAAGAGCAAACUAGUAGGAAUCCCAAACCCUUCGCCAUCCAGACAGAGUCCUGGCCCUCCCUGUGUCACUCGAGAGCCCUAUGACAUGAGUGUUCCUGCGCUGUACGCCAGCGGUCCUGAGGUGUGGGCAUCUUACCCACUGUACCCCGCUGAGCUGCCUCCGCCGGCUUACCCCUACAGCUCCUCGCUGCACACUCAGAUUCGCUGGCUGCCAAUUGUGGAUGCAACCAAUCAGGGCUGGAAGAGCCGACAGUUUUGUUGACGUCUGUGUUCUGCAGGUGCAGCAGCGACACAGUUGACAUCCUCAUCUUUUCAGUCUUUCUUUGUUCAUCUUUACUACUCUCCGGUCUGU